CAGACCACGGCACCUUCCUGCAACCCGUCUUUGCCCACCACACCCCUCCCCCACUUCCUCGGUGUGGCCUCGCACUUUCGCCUCGCUUUCCUGGGCUGCCGUGUCUCCUCUUUCCCACCACCAUUUCGGCUCCGGUUUAUCUUGUUUACCACGUCUCCGACACUGUCCUGCGCCCAUAAGGUGGCACACCCGCCCGAACCUGCCACACCAGUGACCAAACCAUCUUCCUCCGAAAGCUCUUGGCCAAGCACCUUCAACUUCCCAGCCGCUGUUGCCCGCCCAGGCGCCGUGAGUGCGCCCUCUCCAGGCGCCAUCUCGGGCCAUGGAACCCUCUUCGAAACGGAGGAGGCUGGCCCCUAAGGUCCCAGACCCUCCCGCCGUGUCAGCGCUCCCUCCGACACCUCAAGCCCAGGCACAGCCCCCACCACAGACAUUCUCGCAAGAUCAAGUACCGUCGCAGCACUACGCGCACGCCGAAGCUGCUCCGCGGCUGCCAGAACGCGAUGAGUUCGAGGCAUUUGCACGUCACCUCCAGGAUGCGGCCAUCCACAUCCAACAACAAACCUUGAGACCCAAGCAUACUAGCGUGUCGGUGUUGAUGCUGCAGUGGGAGGAGGACACUUCGGUCGAACCCGACAUGCUGGCCCUGGAGCGAGUUUUCCAGGAGCGGUACCACUACCACACCGACAAAUGGGCUAUCCCUACCGUCCCAAAUCCCAGCGUCAAGCUCGGGGUCAGGAUAGCUUCCUUCCUCGACAAUGCCCGCCCCGACCAUCUUCUGAUCAUAUACUACGCCGGCCACGGAUAUGUCGGCCCCGACCAUCAGCUCUACUGGGCAUGCAAUUCGCGCGAUGACGCGGCCAAGCUGAAGUGGGAUGGCGUUCGCUGCUUGUUUGAGGAUGCCCAGUCGGAGAUUCUGCUCCUGAUCGACUCGUGUGCCGUCCGCGACGCGCCUGUGGCUGGCAGCCACGGUGCCAAGCAAGCAAUCGCUGCCUAUAGCCCCGAUCAGAGCGCGUUGGAACCCGGACCCCGCUCCUUCACGGCCGCGUUGGCCGAGACGCUUCAGAAACUCAGCUUCCUGGGUCGGCCCUUCAGCGUGCAAAAGCUCUAUGACGAUCUUUGCCAGCAGAGGCAGCAAGACAGCACGCAGGCGCUUGCCAGGCUAUCCAACGGAUCUACGAAGCCUAAUCACACGCCCGAAAGGUCACCGGCUUUCUUUACCCUCACGCCGGCCAGGGGCCAGGGAAUCGUGUUGGUUCCGCUUGACCCAAAGGCAGCCCAGCUCCAGUCGCCCCCCCACUCCGCUGAUGCGGACGCUCAAGGAGCCUGGAAAACCAAGCCCGAAGACCACCCGCUCCACCCAGAUGAGGUGCUCGACCUGACUUUGGAGGAGCAGAGGGUGUUGGUGUGCACGACGUUCGUCGGCGACGCGAGUCCAGACAUGGCAUUUUUCAAUCAGUGGCUCCACAGCGUGCCAAGCACCACGUCCAAGAUAGCCGUUGAGGGCAUGUUCCUCGGACCGCCGACCAUGCUGCUGAUCUCCAUGCCCCUCAAUGUCUGGAAUAUUGUCCAGCAUGACAAGGUUUGCUGUUUCCUUGGUUACAUCAGCUCCCACAACAUGAUUCACCUCUAUCAGCGACUCGUCAACUCGCCUCCGAGAGGCUUGGUUGGCAUCAAGGACGAGGAAGACAGCCGCGCUCUCAAGCGCACUCCCUCUAUGCAUCGCAACGAGACCUCAAGUCAUGGCGCCCCUGUUCAGAAGGAGACGGCUCGACGUCAGGAUACCUAUCUCAACCAGGCGGUUACAGCCUCUAUCCCGAACAUACCUCUCCAUGCCAGCCCGGGACAGACCCCUCCGGUAGGUCCCAAGGAUGAGGUCGAAGACUCGGCGGAGAUGCAGGAGGCAGCGGAACAAUUGAAGGCACUGAGCCAUGUCCGACAUAUCGGUGGUGACUCUCCAGCGACGCUCGAUCGCCAGGCUACGCAGGUAGGGGACAGUAUCGCCGUCCGUCACAUCGGCGACCCUGAUUCUCCGGCAAGCGGCGUUGUAACCGGGUUGGACGGACCCCUCUACGGCGCCGAAUACAGCACCCCCUCUGCGAAGACGAAAGCCAGGAAACCACUCCAGAAGCAGACGCCGAAGCAGGAGGUGCGGUGUGACCAUUGCAGUCAUGCGCCCUUCAAGGAUUCCUCGUCGCUCCGCAAACACGUCGCGGCUGCACAUACGAGGCCUUUCCCCUGUGCCUUCUCGUUUGCCGGGUGCACCAGCACCUUUGGGUCCAAGAAUGAGUGGAAGCGGCACAUUUCUUCGCAGCACCUGUGCUUACAGUUCUACCGGUGCUCGUCGUGCCCGCAGAGCAGCGCCGACGGCAAAGGCAACGAGUUUAACCGCAAGGACCUGUUUACGCAGCACCUUCGCCGCAUGCACGCGCCAUUUGCAAUCAAGAAGGCCAUAACCAAGAGCGACAGUAAACUGCAGGCCGAGUGGGAUGCCCACGUCAAGGAGAUGCAAACGACCUGUCUCGUCACCCGGAGGAAACCUCCUCAGCGGUCAGCCUGCCCCAAACCGGACUGUCAAAGCGUCUUCGAGGGACCAGGGUCAUGGGACGAGUGGACAGAGCAUGUGGGGCGGCAUAUGGAGAAAGGCGAGGCCGGUCGGAUGGGAGUCGACCCGCUGCUAGCGAAAUGGGCGCUAGACGAAGGCAUCAUCGAGGAACUCGGAGACGGCGAGUACAGACUCUGCGCUGGUAGUGGGUCAAGUGUGAGCGAAAAUCAGGUGAACAACCACAACCACCAACACCACAACAACGACAACAACGACAACAAUAUCAACAGCAACCACAACAACCACAGCCACAAUAACAACGACGGCAAUGACAAUGACAACGACAACGACAAGACCUCUUCGGAUGGCGUCAGGAGAGCAGAGGGGGACGACGAUCCCUCUAUCACGGUGGCGAUGCCAAUUCCGGUCUCUGACAAUAUGGAGGUCGGCUGAACACAAUGUAAGAAGCGGAGGGGGGACGGAAACGAACGAUCUCAUGAGGCUUGGAAGCCAUGUUUUUUAAGAAUGGCCAUCAUGCCAUGGUGUUACGACUCGGUUGUGAAGAAAAAAAAAAAAGGGAGUUUGGACGGCGCCGUCCAUUAUCGUAUUUGUUCUUGUUCAAGCGUAGCCCCAUCAUAUUGAGCGGAGCAGCGCGAGGACAUUCUUGCUAAGGCUAUAUAAAUAAGGAAGGUGCUUAUUGUGUAUACAUGUGUAUACCUGGUAUGUAAAGUACCAUGUAAGGGAGGUCCUGCAUGUGCUCCUCCACAUCAGCACAUGUAGGUAUG